GCACCGUCGCCACACACAUUUUCUCUAAGAGCCCUCCCUAUGCCCUCCCCAUCCCCCGGCCUCUAAUUCUCCCACUCGCAGGUCAUGGCUCUUCAUCUCCUCUUCGAUCUUUCCCAGUCCACAAAGGUCUUUGUAGCAAGCAUACUCGGAUACGCCAGUAUAGCAUUCUGGCUGUGUGCACAAUUGCCACAAGUCUUGAAGAAUCUAUCUUUACAGUCUUGCGAAGGCUUAGCUCUUCCAUUUUUAGUCAACUGGCUUUUCGGGGAUAUCACUAACCUUAUCGGCUGUCUCCUUACCGACCAGCUUCCAUUUCAGACUUUCCUUGCGGCCUAUUUUUGUAUAAUAGACGUAACGCUUUUGGGCCAGUACUUUUAUUAUCGCAAAAAUCAGAUAGUACCAGCCCCGACUCCAGCCUAUGGCUAUGCUUCUUUGUCGGACUCACCUCGACGGGUCUUUUCAAACCUUCCAGCCACCGCGCCUUUGGGCAGGACUCGUUCGACCUCCGCAAAUCUGGUCACGUCCCCUUUAAGCCCUGCUCCGGUCAGUCGAUCAAGGCCAAGAAAGGGCGUCUAUCAGUCAACCUCUUCAUAUUUUUCACCUCCCGACAUCUCGGUCACUACGCCGUCGGUUGAUGGUUCGUAUGCCGCCAUCUAUGAAGCUGCUUUGGACGUCGCCCGAGCAGCCGAGCGUGCAAGCGCUCGUUCUUUAUCUCGCAAGCGGAAACUUAGCAGACGAAGUACCUUUAAUUCUCUUCUUGCGGAGGCAGGGCGCGAAGGUGAUAAUGAUGAUGGUAUGUUGGACAGUUUCCAUUCUGAUAUGUCUGCAAGGUCUGCAAGCACAACGAGGGGAAGUCCCAAGAAGAUGGGAUUGAAUGUAGCAGGAGAUUAUCGUGGACGUUCGCUCCACCGAGUUGGUUUAGAUCAUUUACAAGGAGGUACUGUUGGCUAUGCCAGUAACAGCGGCAACGCCGCCCUCUCAUCGAAUUCUGCUUCGGGCGAGUUUCACUCAGAAGCUGAAGACAGAUUUGACGAUUUACCUACUUACGCCCAAGGCGGACAGGGAUUGAUCAACCAACAAGGGGGAAAUGGAAGGGUCAGCCACAGGGAACGAAGUGAAGAGUCGCACAAGGGUCGAAGUUUGAGUCUUGUCAGAGGAUCAGGGGGGAAAGGAUCUAGGCGAGCAGCCGGGAUGACGUUUAUGAGUUUGGGUCUACUGGUGGGAUGGGGAGGGUUCGGACAUACAGUAACUGGUGGGAUGAACAAGCAAGUGGGAAGGUCCACGGGCAUUGUUCUGGAUCAAGCCACACGUUGGCCGACCAUUAGGCAUCCACAUAUUCUACAUUCUUCACCGACCACAUCUUUGGACUUGCCCGUUUUCCUAGAGUUUUCGGCUAUCAACCCCGACCUUCAACCUCAUGAAGAUUAUCCGCGACCCCCCGCAGAUUCGCAAUCUUAUCAACGUAUCAUUGGCCGAAUAUCCGCGUGGAGUUGCACCACUCUCUAUUUGACCUCCCGAAUGCCUCAAAUUUGGAAAAAUUUUCAACGCAAAUCAGUAGAAGGCCUAUCAAUCCUCUUAUUCCUCUUUGCAUUCUGCGGCAAUGUUACUUAUGUCUUCUCCAUCCUUUUUAACCCAUCUGGCGGUUCUGACCCUGUCGAAUCCUCUCAUUACCUCCUCGAAGCACUCCCUUAUCUUUUCGGCUCGGGAGGUACCCUCAUAUUCGAUCUCACCAUCAUGAUUCAGUCCCUCAUAUAUGGUUCUGCGCCCCCUUUGCCGCAACCGCUGACACCCCUUGAUCGUUCCUCCCGGAGAAGGUCACUACCGACCAAAAGGAGGAUGAGACAUAUGGAAGAUGGGUGGGCAUCAUCAGUGUUACAAUCUCAAUCUCACGAAAGAGGUGAACGAGCGGCCUUGCUGAGUGGAUCUAUGAGUGCACUACCGAGUCAUGGUCAUGCGCACAAGAAGCAAGGGACAAAGAGGGAAAGAAGUACGAGUCCCACAGUGCAUAAACGAGCUAGAAGUGUGGCUGGAUAGAGCCAUUUGGAAUUGUAAACAUCGUCAGGACACAUCAGAGAAAUGUUGUACAUCAGAAGAACAAACGUUGUUCAUGACCUACGAGCACGUACUACAUCAUGCAUUUGUGAUUCACCAUGUG